UAUCAUCAUAAAAUAAUAGUAUUACACUAUAGAACGAGUUAAGGGGAAGCAAUCCAAGUUAACCAUAGUUAGGUUAGCAAGGUUGUAGGUAUGUGUAGGAGCAUGUGUCAACUGCGCGAAUGUCUUUCUUAGCAUUUUAUUCUCUCUUUCCUCACCACCGGCUAUAAUAUUAUAAUAUUCAUUCAUUCUUCUUCCUUCUUCACUCUCCGGCCACCACAUUCUCGCCGGAGCAACCUCAAUUUUCUCUCACACUUCACCUUCAUUUCCUCAAAUUCAACAACAUUUCCCUCCUCAAUAUAAAAAUAAUCACUUCUGCUAAAUUUGGUUGAUGCUUCUUGAACUGAAUUUCAUACUGUAUUCCGUGUCUGCAUUGGUGAAGAUAACUUCGAUCCGGCGUCGUUUCGUUGAACAACGGAUCUUGAAGAUUUCUUUAAUUAAAUCUACAUUUAUAGGGUUUAUGGUAUGAAAAAAUUGAGGAAGUAAGAUUAAGAUGUGUAAACCAGAGAGUAACAGCAAUAACUACAAGUGGCAAGAUUUGGGUUGGAUGGGUUUGAAAGCACAAAAAGAGAGACUAGCUUCGGGUUCGGGUUCGGGUUCGGGUUCGGGAAGAGGUAGAAUGAAACUAUGGAUGAUACGUGCAACUACAACGGUGAUAUUAUGGACUUGUAUAGUUCAAUUAACAGCUAUAGGUGAUUUGUGGGGUCCUCGAGUUCUUAAAGGUUGGCCUUCGUGUUUUACUCAUGUGGAUUCUUCUGCUUCAAAUUCUAGAGCGUUGGAUAAUAAUAAUGUUCAGUUUCUGCGUCCACCAAUUCUUCCUCCCAAGAGAGUUUACAAAAACAAUGGAUACUUGAUGGUUUCCUGCAAUGGAGGAUUGAAUCAAAUGAGAGCUGCGAUAUGUGAUAUGGUUGCCAUUGCCCGAUAUUUAAAUGUCACGCUUAUAGUCCCUGAACUUGAUAAAACAUCCUUUUGGGCUGAUCCUAGUGAAUUCCAAGACAUAUUUGAUGUGGAUCAUUUUAUCACAUCCUUGAGAGAUGAGGUGCGGAUAUUGAAAGAGUUGCCUCCUAGACUUAAGCUGAAAGUGGAACGCGGUUUUCUUUACAGUAUGCCACCCGUUAGUUGGUCCGACAUAUCUUACUAUAAGAACCAGAUUCUACCCUUGAUACAAAAGCACAAAGUUGUCCAUCUAAAUAGAACGGAUGCUCGGCUGGCUAAUAAUGGCCAACCUCCAGAAAUUCAGAAGCUGCGAUGCAGAGUUAAUUUUGGUGCUCUGAGAUUCACUUCUCAGAUAGAGGAGUUGGGCAGAAAGGUGAUCAAGCUUCUAAGGAAAAACGGUCCAUUUUUGGUUCUUCAUCUUAGGUAUGAGAUGGACAUGUUAGCAUUUUCUGGCUGUACUCAAGGUUGUAACAGUGAUGAAGUGGAAGAGUUGACAAGAAUGAGAUAUGCCUAUCCUUGGUGGAAAGAGAAAAUAAUUAAUUCUGACUUGAAAAGAAGAGAUGGUUUAUGUCCUCUAACACCCGAGGAGACUGCCCUUACACUAAGGGCUCUUGACAUUGAUCAAAACAUUCAAAUCUACAUUGCAGCUGGUGAAAUAUAUGGUGGAGAAAGAAGACGGGCAAGUCUUUCAAAGGAGUACCCAAAAUUGGUCAGGAAGGAAACACUGUUGGAGCCAUCCGAUCUUCAAUUUUUCCAAAAUCAUUCAUCUCAGAUGGCAGCAUUGGAUUAUCUUGUGUCUUUAGAGAGUGAUAUUUUUGUUCCCACAUAUGAUGGAAAUAUGGCCAAAGUAGUUGCGGGCCACCGCAGAUAUCUUGGGUUCAAGAAGACGAUUUUACUGGACAGAAAGCUCUUAGUUGAUUUAAUAGAUCAGUACUAUAACGGUGCACUGAACUGGGACCAAUUUUCUUCAGCUGUGAAGGAAUCACAUGCUCAUCGCAUGGGUAACCCUAGUAAAAGGUUGGUAAUUCCUGACAAGCCCAAAGAAGAGGAUUAUUUCUAUUCCAACCCAGAGGAAUGUUUAGAACCAUCAAAUGAUAUGCUGAGUAGCACGUGACAAUGUGUUUGGAAAAAUAAUGGAAUUUUACAUGUACCAUCUCCUGGUACACUUGGUUUUCUACCACAGAUAUAUUGAAUUAGCUCUCUAUUCAGUUUUAACAAACACGAAGGCUUUUUUGUAUCAAGAAAAGAGGCAGACAUAGAGAAAAGAAGGUGGAGUGGGAUAGCCUUUGCAAAAAUUCUAAUCAAGCAAAGCAGCCGGGGGAUACUUUAUAUUUUUAUCUAUAUAAUAAACAUAUGCAAUAAUCCAUCACAUUCUUGUAUAGUAGCCACCCUGACAUUGCAGGGUGAGUGCAGUUUAAACAUCAUUGUACACGGAGGAAUUCAUAUUCAUAUACAAAUUUGGAUUACUGGAUCUGCAGUUUGUGGAAGCUUAAACCACUGGUAUUAUUUUUUCUUCUUCUUUAUAUAUAAAGAUAUAGAUUUUUUGUACCUAUUUUUUUGGUACACUUCUGUCAUUGUGAUUUUUGAGAUCAUACGGUAAAAAAGCUGAUUGUUCCUGUAUUA